CGAACCGAAACGUUAUUAUUGACAACAAAAAACAAGUAAAAUUUUGACUUCCAGGUCGUUGGCAUAUUACUCUUAGAUUGUGUUGCAGUUAUCAGAAGAUAUGUAAAUUCAUAUAUCUGAAAUUAUUUUAACUUCGUGAAUUGACUUGCCAAGGCCAGAAAUUAUGCAAAACUCGUCUAAUUGAUUAUGGUCAAAGUGUAGUAAACUUCUGAACAUGAGUGAUUCAGAGACAAGUGAUAGCUCCGUGGAAGAGAUUGAGAUAAAGCCUGUAAGGCCUGUCCCUAGGUCCAGACCAAAACAGAACUCAAAAGACAAAGCAAGGAGCCCGGCAAGAUCCCUGAGUCCAACUUCGGUUCUAAAUGGAGAGGGGACCGUUGCAAAAAAAGUUUUAGAUAAUUACACUGUUACUUCUUCUAUCAAUACGAAGAUUGAGCCCUUUCCAAAUGUUAUCCCUUUGAAUGUCGGAGGAGUCAAGUACAUGACCAGACUUUCAACUCUAAAGAAAUUUCCAGACUCCAUGCUUGCUGCAUUGUUUAGUGGUCGUUACACUGUGGAUAAAGAUGCUGAUGGAAAUUAUUUCCUAGAUUCCAAUGGAAUUUUGUUUGGAUAUUUGUUAGAAUUCUUACGCAAUGGAUUUGUCCCUCCCAGGGAACACGCAGUUCCUUUAUACAGAGAAGCAAGUUAUUAUGGACUGCAUGAGUUGGCUGAAAAGUUAAACUUAAUGCCCGCUGUAGUUUCUCUUAUUGUGAAAGAAUCACAUAAGUCGCAAUUUCCGAAUUAUGAAGAAAUAAAAGAGGAGGUUAUUAGAGUUGCCAUGGAGAAUGCAACAUUUACGAAAAUGGGAGAAGUUUUUAUGUACGUGUUUAAGUCAGAAUUCAUUCCAAAGACAAACACUUUCAAUCCAAACCAUGGCUGCAUUAUUGAAUCUGCUCAAGUGAAGUGUGGACCUUGGGAUGGUCCUGUGGAUGAAGAAGUCUUUGUCAAGUGUCUCGAGUCCGAUUUGAUUGACGAUGGUUUUGACGUUAAACCUCAUGAACCGAAAAAGAAAUGCCGAUAUUAUCAUGGUCAGAGUUGUCAGAAAUUUGUGUACAGGCUUCAAAUUAUGUUCUGAUAUUUAUUCAUAUCUGUCUUUCAAAAGGAUCAAUGACUAGAUGAACCUUGCCUUUUGAUUUGAGAGCAAGCCAUAGUUGCAGUUGGUCUUUGACUUCAGACUUUGUAAAUAUUUACCAAAUGUGAUAUUCAAAUUAUUCUGUGUUUCUUCUAGGGUAAACAAAGGGCAUUGUAGUUUUUCUAAAAAGGGGUCAACUGUAACGUUCCCUUGCUACAAGGCACCCAAAGACCUCUGACAUGUCAUCUAAAAGCUUACAUACAUAUGUGCAUGUAUGCAUCUGUUAGUAAUGCAUGUGACUUCUGAAACCGCACCCCAAAACAUUUACCCCACCCCACCCUAAUUCCCAAAAAAGCUUGCAUUGGUUUAACAUGUUCUUGAUGAGGGUGUUGAAAAUGAAAUGUACUGUACCAUUUUAACCUCAACAACAUUCAAUUAGCGCUAGUUUUCAAACAGUACUUCUUCAUAUUUAAUAAACAAAAAAUCUGAUUUUAAUAGGAGCCUUUCGACAGUCAAAAGGCAGAAUGGCGCAACAAAAGGCACAUCAAUUUGAAAUACCCUUAUGAUUUACUAGUAUAUUUUGUAUAAUAUAAUUCUUUAUAUUUAUAAAUUAUUUAGGGCUAGGUCAACAAUUUGAUGGCCAUAAUGGUUAACUGUGUCGGCUCUGAAAGAAGUUUGUGUUGAAAAUUGUUCAUGGUACAUGUAUAAUUUAUGAAGCAGAGUAAUAAUAUAAAAAAAAAAAAUUGAAAUUAUUUCAGUAGUUUGUUGAAAAAUGAGUGUCUAUUUUACAAAUUAUAUUCAGUUUGUUCAUAGCAGUAGUAGAUAGUUUUAAUAAUGCUCUUUUUUUCUAGUGUAAUACAUCAAUUACAUAUUUUGUUGUAUAACUUUAGUGUACCAGUAAUAUACAUUUAAUUGAUAAAAAAUUGCCCUAUUAGAAUAUCCUCAAACUUUAACCGAAAUAUGAAUAUAAACUACAUUUUUUGUGAUGCAAGUGUCAUUUGAUAAAAAUACCCGGUAAAUUUACAUGAGUUUUCAUUUUAUGCUUUUAAUUGCUUUCAGACUCUAAGGAAAAGUUGUAAAUUUCAUCAAAUGCUUGCUUUUUUCCUGAACUUGUUUGAUAAAUGUUUGUAUUUAAUUGCAACUCACAUAAUUAUUAUGAGAUCCUCUAUGUUUUGAGUGCUAGUCAUGGUUGAAUCAAAAGAAUGAAUUCCAUUUAAUUCAGCACAGAUGUAAAAAGUGUAAAAAAGCCUCAUUUGUCGUACAUAUAAUUCUUGAUAGGGAUGACAGCUUUUCUUAUGUCUCAGCUGAUAUGAAUCACUAUCUAGUCAUUUUCUGGGGUAGAAACACUUUUUACAGAAAUACAUUUUCUUAUAGUUGCACUUGUCUAUCGUUCCAAAGUUGUUUAAGCUACACUCAAAGUUUUGACAACUUUUUUUAUUUUUUUGUCUUGGAAUGAGCCAAUUUUGCAAAAAUGCAUGGAAACCACUAAUAUUAGACUGCUGACAAAAAAUUAGAAUGCAGAUUUUUAUAUUUUAAGUUAUUUUUUUUAUGUAUUUUUCAUUUUCUUAAACUGUUAGUAACAGUUUAAGCCAUAAAACAUUAAUUUCAAACGGAAAUAAGAAAAUCGGCAAUCUGAUCUUUUGUCAGUAAUCUUUUAUCAUUGUUUGCAGAUAUUUAUGCAAAAAAAUGCUGUUUCCAAGACAAAAAAUAAAAAAGUAGUAAAAAUGGUAUAUCUGUGAGAGUGCAGCUUUAAUAUGAGCAUCAAUAUAUGACAUAAAUUUAUAUUAUAAUAGUAUAUCAAUAAAUAUUGCAUCAAUCAGGCGCAGCUUCAGAAUUUGGUGUAAGAUUGGGCGUAACUUUUUUCUAUUAUUUGAUACAUGUAACAUGAUUUUUUAACAGCUCUUCUGCAAUUAAAAUGAGGUCAAUGGGAGCCUGCUCUGCCAGCUAUAGCCACUUGCGUGUUAAUUUGUUAUCUUACCAUUGUGACAUUAUAUUUGUUUUGGGUACAUAAGUUAUGAUACUCUUAUGUUUUCAUUCUGUUGAUUGUAUUUUUGUUAUUGCUUGUUUAUGUGUCUAAUGUGUUAUGUUUGCAGACAGUUAAAUAUGAGAAAUAAUUUUUUUUUAGAACAAUUGACAUAUAUAUUAAAAAUUCUGUGCAAUUAACAAUGACUACUUACAAUAUAGUGUAGAUUAUACAAGAUGAAAGGA